ACGGCCGAAGAAGAAGAAACGGAAGUAGUUUUGUGUUUGCGUUUAACAUGUUUCAGGUGUUUAGCUUCUUUGUGUCGGUUACGGAGUUUUAAGGUAACAUUUGCGGCGUUAGCGGGGAGAUACCUGAGUGACGGUCACGAUGAACUACUCUGACUACGACUCUGAUGGAUAUUCGUCGAAUGAAGACGCGGACUACGUCCCAUCCGAUGAUAACCUCAGCGAGGAUGACCUUAAUGAGUGUGAGAAAGAAGAACCUCUUCACGAGGACGACAGUGUGCCACAUGUUGGUGCCAUCAGCAAGAAAAAAAGAAAGAAAAAGGACAUGAGUGUGAGAGAAAGGAAGAAGAGCGUACUGAAAGUAGACAGCAAAGAGGAGGAUGUUGGUGGAGCUACAGAGAAACCACAAGAAGAAGUGGAGAAACUCGGCAAGGAAGUAAAUAAGGAGGAUGAAGCCAAACAGAGGAAAAAAUCAGAUGAACUCUGGGCCAGUUUCUUAUCUGACGUUGGAUCCAGGCCCAAAGAGUCUGCCCCACAGUCAGAUACCGCACAGAAGGAUGAGCCUACAGGUUUCAAGACUGCUCCUUUGAAGACUGAAACAAAACCGUCAGGUCCUGCUAAAGUCACCAUCACUAAAGUUUUUGACUUUGCAGGCGAGGAAGUUAGGGUGAAUAAAGAGGUUUCAGCAGACUCCAAAGAAGCUAAGAGUUAUCUCAACAGCCAAAGCAUCAAAUCGGAUGAGAAGAGCGACGACGAGAUGUUAUCACCCUGUUGUCCUCCACUCCCUAGUUCAAGUGCUAAGCGUCCAGCAGGCAUGUCGAGCGUCCUAAAUCGUAUUGGAGGAAAGAAACAGAAAAUGAGCACAUUGGAAAAGUCAAAGAUGGACUGGGAUGCUUUUAAAUCCGAGGAGGGCAUCACUGAAGAGCUGGCCAUCCACAACAGAGGCAGAGAAGGGUAUGUGGAGCGGAAGAAUUUCUUGGAGCGCGUUGACCACCGCCAGUUUGAGUUGGAAAAGGCAGUGCGACUGAGCAAUAUGAAGCGAUGACACAGACUGACAACACACACAGAACAGAUUUUUUUCUUUUUUUUUCCUGCAGCUCUCUCUCUGUUUAAUGAUACAGGUGCUGUUCUCCCUUUAAAGUGAGUGCAAGCUAGUGCUCUUGCCAAGUCUAUUUCAGGAUGGGUAUAUUAAUAGUUCUUAGUUUGUGUAAUGGAGGGUUGUUGAGUGUGCUUCCAUCCUUGUGAAACCAGUAAUGAAUCUCAGAUCUUCAUGCUACAUCUCUCCAGUUUCCUCAAGGGGCUGAUUUAGGACACCGUGGAUGGGUUUAAAAACCCUGGUUUACUGUAAUUUUUUCUCAUUUUAAGUUUUGUGCAUAAUUUCUGUAUCUUAUUGAAGUGUCGUAUCCCCUGGGAAAUGGGAACAUUGUCAUCGGUACUUUGAAACCCGACAGACCAAGAAGCACAAGGACCCAGACGAUCUGUGUGUCUUGUUAGAGGCUGAGAUUACAUAUCUUUAUUGGUGUCCACCAGAAUGCAUCAUUAAUACCUUUGUCUUCAUUUAGAUCAAACCAGAGCCGUGCAGUAGUGGUAAUAGUCGUCCCAAUGAUGACUUCAAAAUUGCUGAAUCAUAAUAUAGUGUGUUAUAGCUACUGUUUAAAACAAUAUGUAACUUCAUCCUUUAGUAAGUCCUGUAUCUCUGUUUGGUAUGUACUGAUUUAUAUACUGUUCUGGCAUAUUCUGAAUACAGCUGCUAGCUGAUUCAAAAAAUCUAAAUGUACUGAUUAAAAUAAUUUAUAGAAUUAUAGUAUUAGUAUUUGUUUAUUUGUGAUAAGCAAAUGUACUCAUUAAGUUCAACAAAUAGCUGCAUGGCAACAAAGUGAGACUGUUGGAUGUUUGCCGGCUGUUUCUCUGUGUUUACUGGUUCUCGUGUCUGUAAUUGUAGUUUUGGUGUUUUAUCAAUGAAAGAAAACUGUUAAAACACUGGCUUAUUGGUUUUACUGAUGGAAUCAGGAUAGUUUUAUGAUUGGUCUUAAACAUGCUCCAGAUUGUCAUGUAAACACAUCUGUAUACUGCAGAGUGAAGCUGAUGAUAAAAACCUCUGUAUGUAGUUGGCAGUUUAUAGAGGUACUGUCAAAAAAGUCCCUACUGCUAGCACUGCAGCUAUGUGACAUCAGAUGUUUUAAGAAAAAAUAAUUCACACAUAACACAAUGAUUCCAUAUAUGUGGAUGUAAUUCACCUGGAGCAGAAUGAACCUUUUGAGGAGAGACUGAACAGCCAGUCAGUCUGGGAUGUAUCCGGGUCAGCGCCAGGUUUGCUUUCCCAAAGUGUAACCACCUCACUGCAUUUAGACCACAACUACUGUGGUUCUCCCACUACAAGCAAUAUGCAGUGUACACACUCAGAUCGACAGAAUCGUGACACAUUAUUUUAUGCAAAUUGUUGACCUGUAAUUGUAUCUGCUAGUGUAGCGCCUGAGUUCUUAUUUUCACAGCUCUGCCAGUCUGUGUAUGGACAGUUUCAAAGUCUUUUCUCUUGCAUGCAUUGCAGUAAAGUAAAUGUUGCUCAGCAUUUAUUAGCUUCAGUUCCAGUGUGAUCUUUUCUGCUCAGUUGGGGUUGUUUUAAAGCACACAAAGAACCUGAAGACAGUGGUCGUGUGUAAUGUGUUCCUUUUGUGCCGUGUCAGUUUGGGAACAGUAUGUCAAACAGCUUUAUCUUCUACACAGUGUUUUCUAUUUAAAUAUAUCC